GAGCCUCCCAGGCUAGGAAAUAAAAGCUGUGGUCCACAGGGACCUGGACAAAGCAUUUGGAGACAGUGGGUGGACGUGUGUGGCCCAAGGAACUGAUGGCACAGCACCCGGGCUCCCUGGAGGAGGAGGAGCAGAUAAUCAGCAGCAACAGGCUCUUCCCUCAAGCCUUUGGAUCCCAACGGACCCCUGGUUUCAAGACUUUCACAGGGUGUCUGGGACCGGGCCAGAUCCCCUUGGUGCUGCUGCUUUUCUCUUUCACACUCUUCGCUGGACUCCUGGUGGCCAUCCUUGUUCAAGUCUCCAACAUACCCAGGCCCCAGGGGCCGGAGCACUCGAAGCAGAAGGAGACUUACCAGGAACUGACCCAGCUGAAGUCUGGCCUGGCUCGCUUAUGCCGCCGGUGUCCUUGUGAGUGGAUCUUCUUCCUCGGAAACUGUUACUUCUUCUCCAGUGCCAGGAAGAACUGGCAUCAGUCCGUCAUUGCCUGCCAGGACAUGGAGGCUCAACUCGUGGUGAUCAAAAGUGCAGAGGAGCAGAAAUUCCUGCAGCUGCGGGUUCCCAAGGAUGACAGCCGUACCUGGAUAGGGCUCUCAGACCUGAAACAUGAGGGGACGUGGCAUUGGGUGGACAACUCAACCCUGUUGAGCAGCUUCAGCAAGUAUUGGAAUGAAGGGGAACCUAACAGCCAUGGGGAUGAAGAUUGUGCGGAAUUCAAGGGCGACGGCUGGAACGACUGCGGGUGUGAAAGAAGCAAUCUCUGGGUCUGCAAAAAGCCCUCAGCUUCCUGCUCUGGUGAUUGAAGGCUGGUUUCUGUCCUCACCCCUGCAACCCCAACCCCUCCUCUGCUGCAUCUGCUGAAUUUCACCCAUGUUUACGCCAUGUUCACCCAUGGUCCUUCUCCUGGUCUGUGCAUGCUGAGAUGUCUACAAAAGCUCCGAGACUCUUCUAUGUCAGAUUCCUCACCCUCUAUGGGCUCAGCUAUGUCCAUCCUCUGAUGCUUCGAGGUUCCCCUUGGCUCAGAGACUGUAGUUCUAGAGACCUUGGAGCUCUUAAAAAAAAAAAAAAACGACGAAGAAAAGUAAGUACAAUAGGCUCAAAAUGGAGUCAGUAUUGCUAAGCCCCAAGUCAGCAAAUCAAGACUUCCUUGCAGUUUCAGCCCCUCCCAGGAAUGUGUGCUUUAACCAGGCCACCUGGAACUUCCUGGUCAGCGCUAGUGAAGUCACGUGCCUGAGAAGACUCUGCCUUCCCCUAAGGGAAGGUGACCUUCCCUGGAAUCAUCCACUCUUUUCAGUUCCUUGUCCCGCCCUCCUUCUGUCUAUAAAAACCAUGCAUUUUGUCCAGCUCCUCAAAGCUCCUUGCUACUUGCCAGAUGUGAUGUUGCCGGAUCCACGAGUCAUUCAAUAAAGGCAAUGAAAUCUGCCAAUUUA